CCUUUAAGAAAAACACCGCUGGUGCUUCACCUGAAACCUCCAGAGCACACCUACUGAAACCAGCAGGUCGGCACGGAACAAAACACAGCUUUAAACAGAGAAACAGACGACGACCAAGUCACCACUUAAGCUACAGCGUUAUAAGCAAAAGUGUCAUCUAUCCACUACCAGAGGGCGCCACAACUAUAAAUGAAUGCGAUGGAGGAAGAGGAGAUGGUGAGUUCGGCCAGACUGGAGCCCAGUACUCUACAGUGGACAGAUAAAGAUGCUCAAAUGAUGAAGAGGCGGAGCCCAGACAGCUCAUCCCUUAAUGGAGGACAAAGUCAAACGGAGAGCGAACUGGCGCUGGGGAGGAAGAUUGAGGAACACGAGAGAGAGGAAGCAGCUCAGCUGCUCAGUCCCGAGGUGACAGUUCUUCGCUGCACUCCCAUGGGCAGCAAAGACUUCUGGGAUACAGACACGGAAAAAGUCCCCUUUCUGGGAACUCAUGUCCCCCCAGCUGAAGACUUCUACCCCGACUGGUAUCCUGAGCAGCAGCCCUCAAAAUGUGGCGGUUGCUGUGGAAACAGAGACGCUCUGAAGGCGGGCGUGUCGCUGUUCACGGCGGCCCUCCUAUUCCCCUUCUUGGUGUGGGGGGGCUUUGUGUUCCUGCCCUUCGACGCGCCCAUGCUGGAGAGCGCCCCCAUGAGGCUGGUCUUCACGCUGCGCUGCUCCGUCUUCGCCACGGUGCCCAUCAUCCUCGGCUGGCUGGUCCUCGGAGCGAGUCGCCUGAGGACGGGCGACGUAAGGGAAGACGGAGGCUGUGAGGAGAGCCCGCUGGUCAGGGUCCACCGCCGCUUCCUGGCCGACUCGGCGUCCCUCUUCCUGCUGUACAUGGUGCAGCUGGUCGUCAUGGCGAUGUACCUCUCCCAGGAGCAGCUGAAGCUGGUGCCGCUGCUGACCAUAGUGUUUGCUUUGGGGAGGUUGGUGUACUGGAUAGCGGCCUCACUGGGCAGCAGUGUUCGGGGGUUUGGCUUUGGUCUGUCCUUCCUACCCAGCCUCACCAUGUUGGUAGCAAACCUCUACUUCAUCUUCACAAUGGAGGCUGCAGGGUCCCUCUUCGCCCAAGAGGUGGAGACCCACCAGGACCCACCCCCGACUAAACAGAGGUUCUGGGGAUAGGGUUCGACCCGAACCUGUUGGAAAGCUGCCUAUUGGGGCCUAUUUACAUUACAAAGGACAAAACCUUUGACAGACACAUCGAGACUCAAACUGGUAAUGGUGGAGCUUCUGUAGAGAAUCUUUCAAAGGUUUUUGUUUACCGUGACAGUUCCGGGGCCUUAUUAAUAUAUAUUUUAACUUUUAUUAUAUUUUAGAUAGUUUAACAGACAGUUAUGUUUGAAGAAAUCCAUUUUUUAUAUUCAUAGGAACUUCCUAUAUUCAUAGGAAAAAAUAAAUAAAUACAUGAGAACACGUCAUUGCCCAUGUCUAAUCUAAGAGCAGGUAAAUCUUGUUCAUCGGAGGACUGAAAUCCACCUGGGCUCGCUAUUGUUCUUUAGGCCUUCAUGGCCUUUAUACUCUGCCAACGGUGCGACCAGUGACGUCCCAAACCUUGAUGAUCCCUCCCAACCUGAUGUUGGAUCUGUUUGGUAGCUGCAGUUUACAAAGCUCUUAUUAAACUGUCCAGACAUGUUUUAUAAAUAAAGUAUUUUAGUUUAAUGUAAAAACAUUUUACAAAAUGAA